GGCUUUCGGCGACUCCCGUAAGACCCACGGCCGAGAGGAGAAUUCUCCCAAUCCAACAGUGGCCAGCAAGCCAGCGAGAGGGGCUUUCCCAAAGGAAAACUUUUCCAAACCUAGGGCUGGGGGGAAGAGAAGACAGGAGGUGCGCCUCGCCUCCCUUUCCCCCUGCGGCCCGCCCGCCUCAGCCCUGUGGUGUCGGCCAGAUCGUCGGGCCACGCGACGCGGGUGGAGGAUCCCCGGCCUCAGGUCGAGGCGGGAGCCCGGUGGGAGGGCGGCGACAGGGAGGCGGACCCUCCAUCAGCCUGUGUGUGCGGCUGACGUCGCCUGGGAAGCUUGGGGAGGGAGGAGCUGGGCCAGCGGAGCCGGGUGGCGGGGCGCGCCUGGGAGGGCCAGGUCCGCAAGAGGAAGCACCUCCUCGGCGCGACACGGUGCUAAAAACUUGACUCCGGUCUCCUGAAAUAAGUGUCUACUCCGGCUCCCGCAAAGCAGUGGCUGGCGUGGGCCGCCCGGGGAAUGGGCGCCCUCGUGACCUAGUGUCCCGGGGCAGGAAGGGCCUUGGCGGCCUCGCUGGCGCACGGGCGGAUCCCGGAGGUCGAGGAGCCGCGGGAGCGGCGGGCACAGCCGGCACCGGCCGCGGCCUGAGCGCCAGCGCAGCCCGUGACCAUGAACGGCGAGGCCAUCUGCAGCGCGCUGCCCACCAUUCCCUACCACAAGCUCGCCGACCUGCGCUACCUGAGCCGCGGAGCCUCGGGCACCGUGUCGUCCGCCCGCCACGCAGACUGGCGCGUUCAGGUGGCCGUGAAGCACCUGCACAUCCACACGCCGCUGCUCGACAGUGAAAGAAAUGAUGUCCUAAGAGAAGCUGAAAUUUUACACAAAGCUAGAUUUAGUUACAUUCUUCCAAUUUUGGGAAUUUGCAAUGAGCCAGAAUUUUUGGGAAUAGUUACUGAAUACAUGCCAAAUGGAUCAUUAAAUGAACUCCUACAUAGGAAAACUGAAUAUCCUGUUGUUGCUUGGCCUUUGAGAUUUCGCAUCCUGCAUGAAAUUGCACUUGGUGUAAAUUACCUGCACAAUAUGAAUCCUCCUUUACUUCAUCAUGACUUGAAGACUCAAAAUAUUUUAUUGGAUAAUGAAUUUCAUGUUAAGAUUGCAGAUUUUGGUUUAUCAAAAUGGCGCAUGAUGUCCCUCUCACAGUCACGAAGUAGCAAAUCUGCACCAGAAGGAGGAACAAUUAUCUAUAUGCCACCUGAAAACUAUGAACCUGGACAGAAAUCAAGGGCCAGCGUCAAGCAUGAUAUAUACAGCUAUGCAGUUAUCACAUGGGAAGUAUUAUCCAGAAAACAGCCUUUUGAAGAAGUCACCAAUCCUUUGCAGAUUAUGUAUAGUGUGUCACAGGGACAUCGACCUGACACUAAUGAAGAAAGUUUGCCAUUUGAUAUACCUCAUCGAGCACUUAUGAUCUCUCUCAUAGAAAGUGGAUGGGCACAAAAUCCAGAUGAAAGACCAUCUUUCUUAAAAUGUUUAAUAGAACUUGAGCCAGUUCUGAGAACAUUUGAAGAAAUAACUUUUCUUGAAGCUGUUAUUCAGCUAAAGAAAACAAAGUUACAGAGGGCUUCAAGUACUAUUCACUUAUGUGACCAGAAGAAAAUGGAAUUAUCUGUGAACAUAUCUGUAAAUCGUGGUCCACAGGAGGAAUCAUGUGGAUCCUCUCAGGUCCAUGAAAAUAGUGGUUCUCCUGCAACUUCAAAGUCCCUGUCAGCUCGUCAAGACGAUGAUUUUUUAUCUAGAAAAACUCAAGAAUGUUCUUCUUUGAAGCUCCAUCACUGUCCAGUAAAUCACAGUUGGGAUAGUACCAUUUCUGCAUCUCAAAGGAUGAAAUUAUGUGAUCACAAGACUGCCCCAUGCUCUACAGCAAUAAUAAAUUCACUCUUAGCUGAAGGAAAUUCAGAGCGUCUGCAGCCUGGGAUAGCCCAGCAGUGGAUCCAGAGCAAAAGGGAAGAAAUUGUGAACCAAAUGACAGAGGCCUGCCUUAACCAAUCACUAGAUGCCCUUCUGUCCAGGGACUUGAUCAUGAAGGAGGACUAUGAACUUAUUAGUACCAAGCCUACAAGGACUUCAAAAGUCAGGCAAUUACUGGACACUACUGACAUCCAAGGAGAAGAAUUUGCCAAAGUUAUAGUACAAAAGUUGAAAGAUAACAGACAAAUGGGUCUUCAACCUUACCCGGAAACACUUAUAGUUUCUAGAUCACCAUCUUUAUUUCAAAAUAAAAGCUUAUAAGUGAGUCUUUUUCAAGAAGAAAAGUCAGUCUGUAAAAGGAUAUUUAUCUUUCUGUUGCCUUGACAUUGUUUUUAUAAAAUUCAUACGAGUAUUAGAAGCUUUACUGAAGAUUCUUCUUUGGGUAAAUAUUAGUCUCCUUCUGUGACA